CGUAAAUAUGCAUUUUACUCACUGAUGGAUUGCAUCUGCGAGCGACACGUCAAAGAUCAGCCUUCUUCAAUGGGUCUCCGUCUCACUAACCCCGUCAGAAAAAUUUGUUCUUUUUUAUUUCUUGUUUACGAGAAAACAGAAAUUACUUCUCCCGGAUUUUCUUACCGCGGAUUUUUCCUUUCCUAGAUUUCCCCUCCUUCAUUUCUUUCCCAGAUCUGGGGAACGCGUGAUUUGCUUCGUGAUUGAAGGAGGGAAGUGGGGGUGAAAUCAGGAAAUUAGUAGCCCACUUCCCCGACGAAUUUGGAAACGGUUUGAUUGUUUUCAGUCCAGAGGGGGAAAAUGGGAAUGCAAGGAGAAGAAAAUGGGAAUGGAGACGGCGGCAGCAAUGUAAGUAUCAAGUACUCGAGGAUAGACUACGCCGGCAGCGAGGCGGAUACACCGUCGUCGGUGCAAGCAAGUGCCGUGAAGAAAUAUGAUACGAGGAAAUACGUGUUUGCCUGCGCCAUCUUCGCCUCUCUCAAUUCCGUGCUCAUGGGUUAUGAUGUGGGUGUAAUGAGUGGAGCAGUGAUCUUCAUCCAACAAGACCUCAAGAUUUCGGAAACUGAAGAGGAAGUCCUGGUGGGAAUCUUAAGCAUAGUCUCCCUAUUCGGGAGCUUAAUCGGAGGCAAAACAUCGGACAUCAUAGGCCGAAAAUGGACUAUAGCAUUAUCAGCCGUCAUCUUCCAAUCAGGAAGUGCUAUCAUGGCUCUUGCACCUUCCUUCAGGGUUUUGAUGAUAGGCAGGCUGAUAGCUGGAGUAGGAAUAGGGUUUGGAGUGGCGAUUGCACCGGUGUAUAUAGUAGAAAUCGCGCCUUCAGUUGCCAGAGGCUCCCUAACCUCAUUCCCUGAGAUUUUUGUGAACUUUGGUAUACUCUUAGGAUACAUUUCAAACUAUGCAUUCUCGGACCUCUCGGUCCACAUGAGUUGGAGGGUCAUGCUUGGUGUAGGGAUCUUGCCUUCUAUCUUCAUGGGUUUUGCACUGUUCGUGAUCCCUGAAUCACCUAGAUGGCUAGCAAUGAAGAAUCGGAUCGACGAGGCAAGAUUGGUGCUUUCCAAGACCAAUGAAAGUGAGCAAGAAGUGGAAGAGAGGUUAGCUGAAAUUCAAGUAGCUGCAGAGGAAGCCAAUGCUGAGAGAUAUGACAAAAAAGAAGUGUGGUUUGAAAUUCUAAACCCAUCUCCAGCAGCCAAGCGAAUGUUAAUCACUGGCUGCGGAAUCCAAUGCUUUCAGCAGAUCACUGGUAUAGAAGCUACAGUUUACUACAGCCCAACAAUCUUCAAGCAUGCUGGAAUCCAAGGGAAUGCUCAGGUUCUCGCUGCAACAGUUGCCGUGGGGUUCACCAAAACUGUGUUUAUCUUGUUUGCCAUAUUCUUGAUUGAUAGACUAGGUAGAAAGCCAUUGCUUUACUUGAGCACAAUUGGGAUGACUAUGAGCUUGCUCUGUUUGAGCUUGACCUUAUCAUUCCUGAGCCAUAAUGGAGGGCUUGGGAUUAGCUUGUCAUUGUUAUCGGUCUGCGCCAAUGUGGCUUUCUUCUCGGUGGGGCUCGGUCCCAUUUGUUGGGUGCUUUCUUCGGAGAUAUUUCCGUUGAGGCUAAGGGCUCAGGCAUCUGCUCUUGGAGCCGUUGCUAGCAGGGUGAGCAGCGGUUUAGUCACGAUGACGUUUCUCUCGGUGUGUAGAGCCAUCACAGUUGGCGGGACGUUUUUUGUGUUCGCUGUGAUCUCUGCUCUAGCUGUUCUGUUUGUGUAUCGUUGUGUGCCCGAGACGAAAGGGAAGUCGUUGGAGCAGAUCGUGAUGCUGUUCGAGGAUGGUGGUGCGGAUGGGCAAAGGCGUGAAGUUGAAUUGGGAGAUGCAGAACGAUUAGUAGCGAAGGAAUGAUAUGUGGUUUGAUGAAUCUUGAUGAAGAGCUUGUGUGGUUGAUAUGUGAGGACUCUUAUAUACUUGUACAAGAAACAGAUAUAUAGAAUGUAGUGCAGCUCAGUUGUUCUUCGAUCCUUAGAGGUGUGGAUUCAAGCUUGAGUGGUAGAUGAACAGUGUGUUGGUGGAUGAGAAUGAGCCGAUCUUAUGAUGUAGAGACUAGAGAGAUGGAAAAGAAGAGUGGAUUAAGUGAGGGUGUGAUCAUGUACAAUAACCAACUCCCUUGCUCCUUUACAAUAUUUUUGUGCUGUAAUACUGAGGAACAUGUGUAGAAAUUUGCUUUAUACGAGAUGAAUCGACGAGUAAUGGUAGAACCUCAAUUCGUUAUGAAUUCCUACGUGUCAGUUCAAUAAUUGUAAGUUUUUUUUACCCUUAUAGAUGUGGAUUCAAGAUUCGAGUGUGAUAAUACGAUGAAUACUACCGUCGUAAGUUACUGCAAAAUUAACCCUACAGCCUAGUAAGUAGUAACUGUAGGUUGUUGAUUAAGUGACUAACCAACUCAUUAGAAACAAAGGGUUGGAGAUGAUAUCAUCCAUUUUUCAUGGUUGAACUUACCAUGAUCCCAUCGAGCAAAUAAAAAUACCAAAUAAUAAAAUGUGCCACUGAUCCAAAUUGAUGCAAAUACCAAAGGAGGCCAUUAGGUUUGUUACUUUGUUAGGCAGAUUGAGGCUGAUAUAAAUGUCCCUUAUUUAUGUUGUUGAAAGUCUUAUAAGUUUUUCUACAUGUUUAACGAGCUUUUUAUAUUUUUAUUUGGUUUCGAUUAAUUUCAUCCAAAAUAUUUGAAGUAUCAAGAAAGACCACCUCGGCUUAUUGAAGGAUGGCCAAACGGUGUAUAAAUUGUUAAACUCAAAUGUACUUUUUGAUUAUUUUCAUAUUCGAACGACUUUAUUAAGAGUUCUUAUUAACAGCCUGCAUGUUGGACACAAUAUGUGUUAGGUAACUCACAAAAAUGAGUUCUCAUCUUUCUCGUCUUGUCACUCAGCUCUUCCAAGUACACUAACAACAUUGGGAGGAUGCUCAUUUAUUGAUUAACCAACCACGGCUAACUAUAUUAAGUUUGAAAUUGAUGAUGUUUAAAAAAAAAGUUAUUAGCUUAUAUAGUAGCAUGAUUUCACCAUCCAAUCCACUAAUGCAAAGAUAAAGAAAAUGAAACACACAACAAAAUAGGGAAAAUCUCGAUCUUCCAACAAAAUGCGGUUGAUUGAAUUAUGAAACAUGAGACGGUCGUCUGCUAGUUCAAUCCACUCCAACCGAUGCCGUGAAAUUCUCUAUGUACGAGUACAAUAAUACUAAUCAAACCUAAAUACAUGAUCUACCAAAUUAGUAACAAAACAUAACAAAGAGAACAUAUAACAGAAAGAUACGAGCUAGAUGCCUCUAUAUCAUUAGCACAACAAAGUGAUUAAUUUGAUGGAAUGUGUUUUGCCUACUCUCACUUUAAUAUUUUUCGCUUUUGUGUUGAAGAGUAUUUCAUAACAUAUGUACAUAACUGUCUGUCUACCUCUAUAAGACACAUUUAUCGAUUACCAAUACAAAACGAAAAAAAAAAAACAAAGAACUCAUACUAAAAAUAAAACGAAACCUCUAGA